CGUUCUGUGCAGUACGCGACCCUCAAAAACAGUCCGCAGAUAGAAGAGACACUCGCGGUCGAUUCGGUGGAGGGAAUUGCGCACAAUACAAUAGAUAUUCUCUGGUGCGGAUAGAAAUACGAGAUACGAGAUAUGCUAUAGAAGUCCGUGCAAAGAAAAGAAGAGCAGACGCGACGACAAUUGACCUGAUUUCGGGGCAUAGAUUUUAAUUUGAUUUUCACUCUUUGUUUUUGCUGCCACUGCCACAACGCGGAAAUAUUAUGCAAUGAAUAUUACGAGUGAAUGAGUGUUCGUGCGUUCGUGUGUGCGUGUGUGCGUGUGCGUGCGUGUGUGUGUGAGUGAGUGUUCGUGCAACUGCCCCAAGUGCAAUCCCCCGACACGAGGCACGACAGACACCAGACAGACGGAGAAAUGCCAUCGUCAGGCACAAGAAGAACUUUGGAAGCCGCGUGCGGUUCGCUGAUCGUCGCUUGGCUGGCAUUCUUAAUGAGUGUAUCCUGUACGGGGGGCGCCCGCGAUCACCGCCGACAGACGAACCUGGAGGCCAAAGUGGGCUCCCACGUGGUUUUCAGCUGCUACAUCGAUUUCCCAUUCGACUCCCCCAUUCCGUAUGUUGUGCACUGGAGCAAGGAUAACAAGAAAAUCUUCACGUGGUUCGAGAAGGAGACCUCCACGAACGAGCUCUUCAAUGGGCGCCUGCAUCUCGUCGAAGAGCAUCCGGAGUAUGGCAGGGCCUCCGUGAACCUCACGGCCAUACGGGAGUCGGACCAGGGCUGGUACCACUGCCAGGUGAUCUUCCCCAAUCGAUCGCCCAGCAUCCGCAACAAUGGCACCCGCUACCACUUGGCGGUGCAGGGCGGCUCCCUCAUCCGCAUUCCACCCGUGAAUCAGACCAUCCAGGAGGGGCAGACCGCCUUCUUCCACUGCGUCAUGAAGUACCCGGACAACUCGCAGGCGGCUUGGUACAAGGAUGGCGUGCUGCUCCAGGAGGUGCAGGAUCUGGUGAGGCGCUCCUUCAUGGGCCCCGACGGCAGCCUCAGCAUCGAUCCCACGAUGAUGAGCGAUCUGGGGGAGUACGAGUGCAAGGUGCGCAACAACGAGGGCGAACUGCAGACGGCCAAGGCCUUUCUCAAUAUUCAAUAUAAGGCCAAGGUGAUUUAUGCCCCGCCCGAGGUCUAUCUGCCGUACGGCCAGCCGGCCGUACUCGACUGCCACUUCAGGGCUAAUCCGCCGCUGAAGAACCUGCGCUGGGAGAAGGAUGGGCUCCUGUUCGACUCGUACAAUGUGCCCGGCGUGUUCUACAAGAUGAAUGGCAGCCUCUUCUUCGCCAAGGUGGACGAGAACCAUGCGGGCAGCUACACGUGCACACCCUAUAACGACCUCGGCACGGACGGGCCCUCGCCCAUCAUUAGUGUAAUUGUGCUGCGGCCGCCCAUUUUCAGCGUCACCCCCAAGGCCAUUUACAUACAGAAGCUGGGCGAGGCGGCCGACCUGCCCUGCGAAGCCAUCGACCGGGACGGAAACAAUCGGCCCUCCAUUGUCUGGAGUCGGAAAGACGGGCAGCCGUUGCCGCCGGAUCGCCACAGCCUAAGCGGCGGGAAUCUCACAAUCACGAGUUUAAUCGAAUCGGACCGUGGCAUGUACGAGUGCGCGGCGACCAAUGAAGCGGCAACCAUAACGACGGAGGCCGAAUUAAUGAUUGAGAACAUUGCCCCCCGGCCGCCGUACAACCUCACGGCCAACAGCACGGAGACCUGCAUCACCAUACGCUGGCAGCCAGUUGCAGGCUACCUGCGGCCCAACCUCGAGUACACGGUGUGGUAUCGUCUGACGGAGGCUCCCGAGUGGCGGACGAUGCGCGUGCUGGACAAGAACGUGAUGGAGGCGACCAUCCAGCACCUGGUGCCGGGCAAGGAGUACGAGUUCAUGGUUCUCAGCCAGGACAAAUACGGUGACGGGAUGUUCAGCAAGCAGUUCCGCUUCCAGACCCAGCCGUCUCCUAUUCGAGCGGAGGAUUUUGAUGACCAGCAGCUGGAGAACGAGCUGGGACAGCUGCCGACCUUUAGCGGGGGAUUGGGAGCACCGACGAACCUCAGCGCCAUCAGCAACCAGCAGGGCUGGCUGCUCCACUGGGAGCACCCGACUCAGGGACUCGAUGGCCUGCGGCUGUACACGGUGCGGUGGUGGAAGGAGCCGGAGCACUAUCUCAUCGGCCAGGCGGAGACCUUCGACAACUUCUACCAGCUGCGGCACCUGAAGGAGGACACUACCUUCAAGGUGCAGGUGGUGGCUGUGGGCGCCAGCAGCCAGCAGCAGGUCCCCAGCCCCGAGCUGCUCAUCGAUGUGCCAUCGCAGCGGAAGGUGCGGGCCCUGAUCAUCGGAUCGUCCGUCGGCAUUCUCUUUCUACUCUGCGCCCUGUGCGCUUUUUUAUACGUGAAAAGGAGCUGCCUGCGGCACCUGUUUGCCCGGGACAGCGAGGGAGCAGCCGCCUGCGAUGAGGACACUGCCGAGAGCGGGGACUGCGACAGCGACGAGCAGGACAGCGUCAAGAUCCGCCAGGCCUCCUGAAUGCUACAGAUCCGCUGGCGCUUCGAUGCGAUUGCCAGCGAGGGUUCCUCCCAGUGAUGUUCCGUGAGCGCCGUGCUCCGUUUCGUAUUCCGAUUGCCAGUUGCCAGUUGACGUUGACGUUGCCGUUGCCCCAAUAAUGCAUUACCCCAUAAAAUACUGACUUUUUAAUUUAUGUCUAGCUGCUAUCUGUACUAUAAAUUCUACUAAUUGUAAAUGCGGUUCGAAUCUGAGCCGAAAUUCGAAAUAAAAUAAAUAAAUCAACAAAAAGAAUCAA